AUGAAACGAAACAACGUCAUCAUCCUGAUCCUCUUCCUUGUCGCCAUCUUCCUGGUCUUCUUCGCCUGGUUUCUGCACACUACGUGCCGCCGCGUCGUGAGCGCCGAGGUGCACGAGAUGCUAUACCAGCGGGAUCUGGAGGCGCAGAAGAGCACGGAUGGGGAUGGAAAGGCGACGUGA